AUGCUAGCUAUUCUCUGUGGUCAGUGGUCAUCUAGUGAAAGACUAGAUGGCAAAACAGUUAUCAUUACUGGAGCCAAUGCUGGCAUUGGCAAAGAGACAGCAAUGGACCUGGCAAAGAGAGGGGGCAGGAUAAUCUUGGCCUGCAGAGACUUGGGCAGAGCUGAGGCGGCACAGAGAGAGAUCAUUGAGAACUCUGGAAACCCCAACAUUGUGACCAGAAAGAUGGAUUUGUCCGACACAAAGUCCAUUCGAGAAUUUGCAGAGUUAAUCAACAGGGAGGAGAAACAAGUGAACAUUCUUAUCAACAAUGCUGGGAUCAUGAUGUGUCCAUACUCUAAGACCGCAGAUGGCUUUGAGAUGCAGUUUGGAGUGAACCAUUUGGGUCACUUCCUGCUCACCUUCCUGCUGAUUGAUCUGAUAAAGAGAUCCAGACCAGCCAGAAUCAUCAACCUGUCCUCCAUGGCUCACAAAUGGGGUAGGAUCCAGCUAGAGGACAUCAACAGUGAGAGGAGCUACCACUCCAGAAGAGCAUAUGGACAGAGCAAAUUAGCCAACAUCCUGAGUAUACGGUCCCUGGCCAAGAGACUAAAAGACACUGGAGUGACAGUUUAUGCAGUCCACCCAGGUAUAGUGAGGACUGAGCUGAAGAGACACAUGAAUUUAGCACUGCUGAUAUCUUGGAAGAUUGUCAGACCUUUCACCAAAACUAUUGUACAAGGUGCCCAGACCUCCAUCUACUGUGCUGUGGAGCCUGAGCUGGAGCCAGAGAGCGGUGGAUAUUACAGUGACUGUAAACCCUCCAGCUGUACCAGGGCUGCCAGGGAUGAUGAGAUGGCUCAGAAACUAUGGGAACUCAGCUGCCAAAUGGUUGGGAUAACAUGGGACUGA